GCCAAACCUUCACUUUCCAUUUUCCCCUGGCCUCAGAGAGAGAAAGCAAACCAGUCAUGCCUUAAAGAAAGACAGAUGAUCUACCUUACUGCAGUGCCAUCUAACAACAUCACAUUUAAAACUGGCCUCACAAUACAGCUCAAAUUGACAAACAGAACUAGAUAGAAGCAUGAAUUGCCUUCAACACUAGCCAACAACUUUGAAGUCAGUAAGAAGAAGAUUCUACACGCAUAUUACUUUAUAUUGAAGAUAGGAAAGAAUUGUAGAAACAGAGAAGGGAAUUGAGCAUUGUGGGUUUUGAACCCAUGGAGUCCAGAGAAACACAAGAAGAAAACAGAAGGAUAAAUGAUGAGGUGGAGAAGACAAAAAUACGUCCCAUGAGAGCCUUACUUGAAAAACAAGAUCCCUCUUCCAAGGUGCUCUCUUCCUCUUCUGUUUUUUCUCACUGUAAUGCCUGUAACCAAUUCACAAAAAAAUUAUUCACACUGUUAUUAUUGUUGCAAAUGUAACUUGCACAAGUUAUUGCAGGAAGUAGACGAUCUGAUGAUCAGAAGAUUUCUGCGAGCUCGUGACUUGGACAUAGAGAAAGCUUCAGCCAUGCUCCUCAAGUACCUUAAAUGGAGACAAGUGUUUGUUCCAAAUGGUUCUAUUUCUGAAUCAGAAAUCCCAAAUGAGAUUGCUCAGAACAAGAUGUUUCUGCAAGGAAGUGAUAAGAAAGGAAGACCCAUUACAGUUGUUCUUGGAGCUAGACAUUUUCAAAACAAAGUAGAAGAUUUCAAGCGCUUUGUAGUGUAUGGUCUUGACAAAAUAUGUUCAAGGAUGCCUCCAGGACAGGAGAAGUUUGUUGCUAUUGGAGACCUUGAAGGCUGGGGAUAUGCAAACAGUGACGUCCGUGGAUACCUGGCAGCUCUAUCCAUUCUCCAGGACUACUACCCAGAGAGGCUUGAGAAAAUGUUUCUUGUGCAUGCACCACACCUAUUUAUGACAGUAUGGAAAAUCAUUUACCCUUUUAUUGACAACAAAACCAGGAAGAAGAUAGUUUUUGUUGAGAAUAAGAAAUUGAAAUCCACGCUGCUUGAGGAGAUUGAUGAGAGCCAGAUCCCAGAUAUUUAUGGAGGCCAACUACCAUUGGUUCCAAUACAAGACAGCUAAACAUAAACGGACAGUUCUAUCCUUCAAUAUCUAGCUUAGAAUUUCUCUUUUCCUUGCAGUACAGUUGGGACAGCAAGGAAAAGGAAUUAGGGUGUGGAGGGUAUUAAAGUUAUUGCAAGUCAACAAUAACUUGACAUGAUUUCUGGAGAAACAAGGAGACAAUAAAUUCAGAGUCAUGUUUAGGUUAAUCAAUAUUCAAAACUAGCAAUAAGUUUUAUUUCGGUACCCAGAUAUGUUAGCUAUAGAAUAAGGUGACCAAAAUCUCUGCAGAACUUAUAAACAGAGAUGGUAUGCAGUCACGUAGAUCAAACCAUCUGUAAGGAAGUUGCAGAAUUAGGGACAAUCUCAAAUGUAAUGUUCUUAUCUGUGUGAUUGGCAUAUUUAGUGAGGUUUUAAAUUUGAACUUAUAACCCUGCUUAACCUAGACCAC